AUGGCUGACAAUGAUUGGGAUACCGUCACUCGUAUCGGUAGCAAAGCCAGAGGCCCUGGCAGUGGAGGCGUCGACCGUGAACGGGUUGUGAGAGGUUCCUCUGCCCUCAACGCAGCCAAACGGUCCGGAGCCGUCGUUGCAACAGAAAAGAAGUAUGGAGGAAUCAACAGCAAAUCGACCGUCGAGGGCCAACACUUGACCAAGGUCGACCGUUCCGACGACAUUAUAAAACCCAAAACCGUCCCGCUCGCAGUAGGACGGGCCAUCAUCAACUGGCGCAACCAGAACAAGGACGCUCAGGGCCGAGGGAUGCCUCAAAAGGACCUUGCCGCCAAGUCAGGAGUCAAAGAGGCGCUGUUGAAAGAUAUUGAGAGCGGCAAGGCGCUCUACGACAAGAAUGCCAUUCAGAAACUAGAACAUUGUAUGAAGAUUCAAUUGACGGGGAAUGACAUUGGGGCACCCAGACCUUCAAAGAAGAAGUAA